CCUAACCAUACAAACACCAUUGUCACGUCUGGAUUACCAUCUAACGUUGUUAAGUCGACAAAACUGAUCUUCUGGCAUGACCGAUUAAACUCGUUUGCUACCAAAAUGCCUCUCUGUACGCUUCACCUACUUGCUCUUCAUAGCACCACACCUAACCCAGUCCUGACUUUCCUGUCAACACUCAAGUCCACAAACCUAUCACCUCUCGUAGUCUCACGCGUCAUACGUUGGAUCAUUCUUCCUUCUAAGCUUUCGACCGAACAUCUCCUUGCUAGGAACAUCCACUGGGAUCUCCUACUCAUUCUACCUAGCACCGAUGCCCUUCCGUCAGAGCUCGAGAAACUGGCCCAACACCACUGGAGCGUAACAGCCGGAGUACCAUCUCGUUUGGUCCAAGAUUUCCCAUCGAAGAACAACAAGCUUCUACAUCCAGAUCCAAGUUCCGUGCCUGAAGUCCAAACAAAAAAGAGCAAUAAGACCACUGAGUCGAGCCAAAGUCUGGAACUCAGCGAUGAGCUGAACAAAUGGAUCGAGACCUUCGUCAACAGCGGUGCUAAAGAAGGCAAAGGCGCAGUAUCAAUGUUCAACCUCCUCGCUUUCAACCCCGGGAUGAAAGAAGAAUACCUAAAAUACGGUGCCGCAUUCGCUAAAUCGAUCGGUUCGAAGCACGGCGGCAAUGCAAAGAUUGUCGGAAACGCGACACACGUCAACGGUUCGGCUAUUACCAAGUCUUCGAACAGCAGUGUCGGUACCAACGGUGAAGUGGGUGGCGGAAAAGAUGACUGGGAUGAGAUUGCGCUGGCGCAUUAUCCUAGUAUCCUGCAUUUUAGGGAUAUGUUGGCGAGUGAGGAUUAUCAAGAGGUCAACCAUAGGCAUCGCGUGCCCAGUCUGAGAGAUACAUGCAUUCUCAUGACGAGUGAGAUCGCGAUUGAAGAGUUGAUGAGGGAAGGUAAAGGCGGAGCGAAGCUGUGAGGGUUUGUUCUGGUCCGGAGAUCAUCUUACAGACACUGAGUGAUAAAGUAGUACAGUGCGAAUGCACUCAUAAAGAUUGUAUAUAUGGGUAUUAUUUCUUCGUCUGCAACAUAAUCCGAGAUUGCUGAUACGGAGCUUUGCGC